AAAGCUAGACAUAACUUCACACAAUAAAAACCUUAUAGCCAGUAUUGAAUGGCCUUGUGGCUUGAUUCACGUUUUUCAGUAUAUGCCUACUUAUGCAAACAAAGGUGUUAAAUUUGAUAACAUUGGAAACAAGAUAAUUUUCAACGUUCUUUUUUGUCUCUGUAAGCAAAUAGGUUUGCCAUUCUCGCCCGAACGAAUUCUGGUACGACAAAUUUGCCAAGAAACUAAUUAUAAUCCUUGUAUAUACACUGGAAUCUUGGGGGCUUGAGACCGUUGAAUCGUUUGAGGAUUAUGGAAAUUCAUCACUCAUAUUCUUGGCUAAGUCCUCAUGCUCAAAGCAUAUUUGCAUUUUGAGAAAACAGCGAAGACUGGCCAGAACACUGACUGGACUGUUUGCCGAUCAUCAGGCAGGAUAUUCGCAGUAGGCCCCUCAUCUCGUGUUUUGUUACUUGCCUAAAUCCACGGAUUAAGGAUUGGUACUUAUUAUGGACGUUGGUUUGUCGGGCUCACUGUGUUUGAAUUCGAUGUUUCAGUUUCUGUCAGGGUAGAGUUUCAAGCGUGGAUAUAACUUGCGCUGAGAGCAUAUUUGCAUAACUUCAAUCGUAGAACAUAUUUGGCAUGUGCUCAUUGUUUACCAGACAUUUGGCCUGAAAGCAGCGGAAGAUCGCACCGGAGUGCAUCAGCCUGCAAGCGAUUGUAUUUUAACCUAUUUCACCAAAUUUAUAUUGAAUUAUAUAGUCGUGGAACAAUGAACUUUACUUCUUUCUGGCAACCAUUUGCCCAGAUCGGAUUUUACACAAUUUUUGAGGAGUAACUAGAUACGUAUCACGAGGCCUAGAGGGGAAAUUUGGCGAACUUCGAUCAAAGUGAACUUUUCAACAACAAAUAUCAACAGUCGGAGAAAUUUAUGGCAUGGUUGGUUUCAAUUUGGUGGAAUAAAACUCAUUUGGAGCAAAGGAUCAUCUUUUUCAUCGAUCAACAGUGACGUGAAGAAGCAAAUACCUCCAAGCUGGUCGAUAAACUUUGGCUCGCCAUGAGCGGUGAAAAUGGAGUUGAACUUCGCUCGAAGCAAGAUUCGGCCGCAGAAAAUUGCUCCGAAGUCGCGGCCUCAAGCCAUUCUAGAAAGAGUCAUCAGUCCUCGGAUAGCAUUGGCAGGCACACGAAGUCAAAUCAAAAGGGAGAGGAGCUUCCAUUCUGUGAAGUCAGGAAUAUAAUUUAUCGACCUGGCGAUUGUGUCUACAUUGAAAGCCAGCGACCUGAUGUCCCCUAUUUCAUUUGUUCCAUCCGAGACAUAAGAAAGAGCAAGAGGGAUCAUGUAUUUGUGAAUGUCACGUGGUUUUACCGACCUUGCGAGGUCCCGUUAUCUGUCUAUCAGCUCUUGAUUCACGACAGAAAUAACGAAAACGGUUCCGACCAUGUUCUUGAAGAUCCGGCAGUAAAGGAACGAGAACUUUUCAUUUCUGACUCGGUGGAUACCUAUCCUAUAUUAGCUUUGCGGGGACACAUCAACAUUCUUCCGUUCUCUGAAGUCAAACAAAGAUUAAAGGAAUACACAGAAGAAGAAGAUAAUUGGUUCUACAUUUUGAGAUACAAUCCGGAGUCGAGACGCUUGGCAAACACAAAGGGAGAAAUACGUGUUGGCUCAAAUCAUCAGGUAAAGCUGCCCAGAUGCGUACCACUAAAACAGCGUGCACAAAAAGGGAUGGUGAGAAAGUGCCCCGAACAGUUGGUCUGGGCACCUCAGAUUGAAGAUUCCGAUCUAAUGAUGUUCUUAAGAGCUUCCAGGAGCAUAUUCUCCUUCUCUGGUUAUGUGGAUGAUGAUGGCUCGAUUGAUCGCGCAUUAAAUGUUAUAUCUGAAGAGUCGACCACAGUUCAUUGCCUAAAUAUGCUCCACAAAAACAAAUACGAUGUCUCAAGGGCCCUCCAGGCGUUAAUACGAUCUCCAUUUGCCAAGACAAACGCACGCAAAUGGAGUGAAGACGAAAGGAAACUUUUUGUACGUGGUCUGCGGCAGUAUGGCAAGAAUUUCAACAAGAUAAAACGAGAGUUGUUGUCUGACAGGAAAACGAGUGAGUUAGUUCAUUAUUACUACGUCUGGAAAAAGACACCCACGGCGAUCAAUUCGAGGCCGCAUAAACGAGGCAGGCGGCACAGUGUCCUCUGCAGGAAAACGAGGUCUACUAAAAACAAAACAACACCUGCUAGUGAAUUUUUAGACUUAAGCUCGUGUAGCGAGGAUGAGCCGGACAGCGAGGAUAGCGAACGGGACUUGAGCUUGUAUGCUUGUAGACAUUGCUACAAUACCAAAUCACCUAACUGGCAUCAUGUUGGCAAAGAGAAACUACUUGUUUGCAAGGAAUGCCGAGAAUACUUCAAGAAAUACGGUCGCAUGCGGCCGAUAGAAUGCCGGACAGAACCCCCGUCGUACAUUUUUAAAGCGGCAUUUGAAAAUCAUAACGAUAAUUUAUCGAAUUCUGGUCGCAUGCGUACUCGGAGAUCUGCCACGCCUAUUUUCACUGCUAAUGGAAGUGUGAGGACAAAAAUACUACAUGAAAUUCAAGAAGCACGUUUAACCCGUUUAAAAAAGGCUGAUUCGCCGUCAACGAACAGCUCAGACAGCUCGAGCUCUUUCAAAGAAAACAGCAGCACGGAGCUCGUGAGGAAACGAAAUCAAGACUCAGAAUCGGAUGGUGCAGAUGAAAUCGAAGAAGCUGAUGUUGUGGAUGAGGAGAUUCAGAACGAGGAAAGCGAGGCUGAAGAUGAGAUUGAGGCGAAACGCGGAAGAUUUGAGGACGAUGCAGAUAAAUGCGAGGAUGAGGAAGAGGAGGAAGAAGAUGAGUAUGACGAAACCGAGUCUCCUGGUGACCUCGAAACAACGAGUAGCGAGGCUAUGGAGCAGAUGGAGACAAAUCUCGAUUCGAUGAUCGAAGAGGGACAAGCAAACCAACAAGUAGCUCAGGACAAAGAAGAGGGUCCUGAUGACGAUUCUACCAAGAAAGAAGAGGUGUCAAUGGAGGAGGAAGUUGCUUCUGAGGAGGAGCUUCCAGAUGUCCUGGAUGAUCCCCGUUUGGUUGAAAAAAUAACAAAGAGUUUCAAGAGAACAAGCGAUGAUGAUAAGAAUGCGUGCGCACGGUGUGGGCUGGUCUACGUCGUUAAAAGACCGAAGAAAGAGAAGCAAGGAUCAAAGAGUACAAUCUCUUCCUCGAGUUCCAGCAGCAAGUCACGUGAACCUGAUUUGAAAGCAAACUCUUCGCCACCGCCCAACCCAUCUGCUCCUGCGCAUAUAACUUCGCAUUUUCAAAAUGCCAUCAGAAACUACUGGCCGUCGGGUGAAGACCCCCGGUCGAAUCCAAACUUCUCGCCAUUUUGGCCACCUCAUUUUAACCAGUUUGUUUCGUUUCCGCAUGAAAUGUCUGGGGGUCACAUGCGGUCACAUAGCCCUGUUGAACAAAAUGUAGACUAUCACCCUAAAUUUGGACAUCUGUUAGAUGUAUUUAGUAAGCACGGUGCUCCCAUUGGCGGACAUUCUAACUUUCCGGGACACUCCAGUUUCAAUGGACAUGGUGGACAUACUGGGCACAGCAUACACCCAGGCCAACAUGGUCCGCCUCCAGCAGGACACAACAGGCCUAUGUCCGCACAAAGUCAUCCUCACCCUGAUGUACCAGUGCCCGGACAGACUGCAUUGCCAGUGUUUCCGUCACACAAUUCACGUCCUACAAACCCCCCUAAUAUUGACAAUAUUUCGCGUGUGUCGCCACGGCCUCAUAUUGAUCCGCCGGGUGGACUGCCGUACGGAUAUGGACAUCCUCAUUUACACUCUCAUUUGCAUACACACACGCACCUACACCUACAUCCAAGUGAUAAUGCAGAAAGACACAAUGUACCGAGAGAACAUCAACCGGCGACUUCCAAUGCCCAUCCGGUGCUAGGGCAUCCCCCGUCAUUAGGACUGUCACAUGAAACCUCAUUACUUCGACCGGAGGAAUUACUGCAUCAUAUACAACAAGACCCAAGGAUGCGUAAUGCUCUAUUAGGACCCGGUGGAGUCCCCACCCGAGAAGGAGCAAUAAGUCCGGCAAUGCUGCAUGAGUACUUCAGACAUGACCCAACGGCCUACCAUUUAUGGCUAAGUCAGGUUGCUAGAUCUCACCAAGAACAUUUAUUUCCCGAUCCUUUGGCUCACCAGAAUUUAAGACUUUUAGCAGAGCACGAGGAAUAUCUCAGACACAUGAGAUCGCUUGCCAUUGAUCCAAAAAUGAAAGCCGAACACGACAGAGUAAUGUCGCUACCGGAACGUGGCUUGCCAGUUAACGAACGGACUUUGCCACGCGGAGAACAGUUUCCGUUCACUCCAGCUGCUUAUAUUGAACACAUUCGACGUCUACACGGGCGAAUAACGCCACCACACACGCCUUUGUCCGUAAAACCGGUAACAAUCGAUCUUUGUGAAGACUAACUAACAUGUACAUAAAUUGACAGAAGUCUUCGCAUCGAAGGGUUCUUGUUAUAGCGGUGAGUUAAAAACACACACGUAAAUUGAAAAUUAUAACGCUACUGUAGUAAACUUGAAGGGGAAAUCGUUUAUGGUUUUAUCGUGAUAACUAUCGCCGUUAUUUUCACAUGAUUUUCCAUUAAGAUACUUGAAAAAUGAUCUUAAAGAUUAGAACUCAUGUCUCAAGCACAUUCUAUAUCCAACCCCAUUUUAGUUUAUUUUCCUCUGUACAACAGAAUCGUUUUGUUUCUAUAUUAAUUAGUGUUGAAUGAAUCUUGGAGAACAAUGUUCUAAAUAGUUUUGUCUCUCCUUCCCGUAUUAUCUCCCCCUUCUGAAUUUUCAUCCCCUCCCUUUAAAGGUCCCAUUCACGCAUUAUAUGUAUGAAUGUAAAGUUGACCUGAAAGUUGGCUGUAAUUUUGAUUGAAUUAUACUCGCCAUUUGGCGCAAAGAGAGUUGUUUAAUGUCGAGACAUGGUUGAUAGUAACAACCAUAUUGUUAUUCGCCGCGCGGUAUUAUAUUAAUCAAGAAAUGGCUGGCCGUUUUUACUGAUAAGUUGACAUUAGGGGGGGGGGGGGGGUUUGUUGUUGACAGUUCAAUAAAGUUAGUUCAUGUCCGUUUCAAGACAAUAUAGGGACAAUAUCUUGAAUUAAAUUUAUUGCUUAAAAGCAGCUUAGUUAUCUUUUGCAUUUAUAAAGACCGAGUCCUCCAUCUAUUAGAACUUUCAAUUUAUUCACCUAUCGAUUCCUCACCUUCAACUUAGUUUUUAAAACCCCUUUAGCCUCAUUAUCCCAUAUUAGCCUCAGUUCGAUUCCCCUAGCUCUUCUGCGUUUUAUGCGCGUAGGUAACGCGUAAACGAUCAACAUUUCGUUGGUCAAUGUAACAUCUGUAAACAUGCCGUGUAGAUCACGAUAUCAAAAUCGCCUGUUUCUAAUGUUAGGAUUGUGUUGGCAAACGUUCUUGAUUUGUUGGCGCAAUAUUAGAUUUCAAUUUUUUUUGAUAAGAUUUAAUGGUUGUGUUACUUUUCUAUUUGUUGUCAUAAUUGUACAUUACUUAGUGUAAAAUAGGGAUGUUUAAAAUGUACAAUUUAUCGUUGUUUGCUCGAUAACAGAAAAUGGUUUGUA